ACCAAUCAGAAUCGUUGGUCGCCAUUUAUUCCAUACAACAUGGAGUGUGUUAGUUGACCUUUCAAAAUUUGUCAUCAGCAAGUUUCUAGUUUUCAAUAUUGAUUUAUCACAUUGGAGUAAAAACUAUUGAAACUGGACUUUCCUAUCCCAGCUUGCAGGAUCGGCGAACUAAAGCUCCGUUCAAACAAAUUAACAUAUUAUUCUUAGUAGUAAGACUAAUAUAAGCUAUGGCUGUGUUUGCAGCUGCCCAACUGUUGGAUGAACUCAUGGGUAGGCACAGAAAUGUGGCCCCCAAUGAAAAAGUACAGACUACUGAUUGGGAAGACCCAGAGUUUUGUAAAUUCUUCAUGGUAAAGUUUUGCCCUCAUGAUCUUUUUGUCAACACCAGAGCUGAUUUGGGGCCCUGCUUAAAAACCCAUGAUGAAGAAGCCAAAAAACUAUUUGAGGAAGCAAAAAAGACCCAUUUCAAAAAAAUCCAAUAUCAAGAAGAUUUCAUAAGGUUCUGCACCUCCAUGUUGAAUGAUGUUGAAAGAAAAAUAGUUAAAGGUAGACAAAGAUUGGCGUUGAGCGGUAAAAAUGUCUUGGCCUCCACAAAUCCGCAAUUAGCUGAAAAAAAUGCAGAAAAAAUUGGUGUAUUAAAUGAGCGAAUCAAUGAGCUAGAAAAAGAGGCUGAACAGGCUGGUACUGAUGGAAAUGUAGAGCAAGCUCAGGGUUUAAUGAAGCUGUGUGACCAAUUAAAAGAAGAAAGAGACUCAUUGAAAAGAGCUGAACUAGGUACCUUGGGUCUUACAGCACAACUAGCAGUCGAACAGGAGAAGCAAAUGGAAGUCUGUGAGGUUUGUGGGGCUUUUUUGAUUGUCGGGGAUGCACAGCAGAGAAUUGAUGAUCAUUUAAUGGGUAAACAGCAUAUGGGCUAUAUGAGGCUUAAAACUGCUUUAGAAGAAAUCACUGAUCUGGUUAGGGAGCUUAAGGAACCUAAGAAGUUUGGUAGAGAGGGAGAGAGGAGCAGGGAUAGGGAUAGGAGCCGCUCAAGACAAAAAAUGGGAGAAAAAGAGAAGAGGAAUGAUGAUAGAUAUGGAAAAGAAAGGAGGCAUAGAGGUCACAGUAGAGAUGAGGAAGGAAAACAGGGUGAGAGGUCCAGAGAUAAGGAAAGAAGACACCAUUCGGAUAAGGAAGACCGCCACAGACAUCACCACCAUCAUCACCACCAUUCGCACCGUCACCGCCGUUAAAACAGGCACACCUACUAAUUUAAUCUAUAAUAGACCAGUAAGAGUUGCCCCAAGCAGGUAUGUAUAAUUUUUUAAGAAAGUCUCAAUCAGGGUUGUCUUUCAGGUGCUACAGGUUAGUGGAUCAGAUAUUUUUUUUGUUUUAUUUAGUUAUUUAUCAAUUUAAUUAUUUAUUAAUUUAUUUAUGGUGGCUCAGCUACAAGACCACACUUCCAUUUUUUCAUAUAAUGUUAUAAUCAACAAAUAAUAGUUACUUAUCGACCAUGUUUUGUCUUCUGGAAAGUUUUCAGCGAGAACCACUCCUGCAAUACCGCAAAAGGUUGGAAAACGGUGUUAGCGCGCAAAUUUUUUUGUACUUUUGUAAUAAGAGGUAUUUAUAGCAUAAGUUUUAAUACUAGUUUAACAGCGUUUCAGGUAUUUUUUUUAUUGUGGAUACCUUGGGAUAGAUUUUUAAUGGUUUAUAGGGGCCCUUGGAUAUAAUUUUCUUUUAGUGUAUAAGUUGUCUUUGUAUGAUAUCGUUAAUUGUUGGUAAAUUGCAAAGAUUUACCAGUAAGAAACUUUUCAUGUUUAACAGGCAACUUAUACUGAUUAUGGCAGUCUUUAGACUAACUUCAAUAUGAAUAUGUUAUGGCAAACCAGAUGUAGUUUUAUUUACUUUGAUUUGGAUUAAAAGGCAUACACAAUUAAAGCUUAAUGUAAACUAUAUUCUAUUCUAUGUCUAACAGACUACAUUUCUUCUUAAAGUGAGCUUCUGGAAGGAUCAAGUAUUUUAAUUCUAUUCAUAAUUUAUAUGUAAAUUUUAAAUUUAAAAUAUGUUAGGUUUAUUGCGAGAUAAAGAAAGAAAAUUUCAAGUCCACUCAUUUUUCUCAUCAAUGAUAUUGGUUAUAAGUUCACACUAAUACUUUCUCUCUUGCCUAAAUAUUUCAAAAUUUAGUGUAUUAGGCGGAAAAUCUUAACAUGAUCUAAUCUAAAACUGAGGUUAUAACUGCUAGAUUUAACACUCUUAAUUCCUGUAUAAAAGCUUAUAAAGUGAUAUCUGUUAACAUUUAGAGAUAAAUGGUUAUUGCGUGUUCACUCUACAAAGAUAUCAGUAUUUGAAUGUAAAGAUAUAACAUCGUCUUCUGACUUGAUUAUUUUGAAAAGUUUUUGAAAAAAAUUUAUAUCUGUAAAUAGUAGGCUACUGCAAGAAAGUACAGUUUCACUUAUUAAAAAGGUUAAACAACAAAGGUGACAGAUGACGACCCUGAAGUACUCCAGAUGUUACUCCUAUAUUUUUUUGAACAAAAUUGCAUUCUACAACUUUGCAUUCUAAAAAUAUUCCAUAUUUUUUAUAGUGUUGUUUCAGAUAGUUCAGUAUAGCCGAAUCUUUAGUACAAGCCUCCGUGAACAUAUUUGACGUUAGUAUUUUCAAAAUUAAGAGAAGCUAAAUUAAAAAUCCAAAUUGAUAAAUGCAUAUUUCUUAGAAAAGAAGUAGAUUUUUAGGUCACGUCGUAACAAUGCGAAACAAUUAAGCUCAGUCCAAAAAUUAAUUUUUAUCGCUGGAUAGUUAGCGACCUAUGUUCCUCUGACUUAAAAAUUGGAAGGAGAAAACUGUUUUUUUCCAAGUAUUUGGAAACUCACAUUCAGUUAUCGAUUUGUUAAAUAAUAUAAAGAGUGGUAGUACAUUACACAUUAUCACGUAUAUUAUAUAUAUUACAUUACACAAGGGCUAGAAAUAAAUAUAAAACAAUAAAAAUUUAAAUUAUUACACUUUAAAAACCAAACACAAUUCAUCAACAGAACACCUAAAGAAAACAAACUGUCAUACAGACUCAGCAGAUAAAUGCAGGCAACAAAGUCAGACCCCAAAUUAUAUUUACCAAAUAUUUGAUUUUCCUAAAAAAUAUCUUGGCUUCAAGAUUUCUUAUAUGGAUUGGAAUAACAUGAAAGAAUUGGACACAAUAGUAAUCAGAGCUUUGUCUGCUUCCAGAGAGCCUGUGAUAGGCUGUGAUAAUAUUUCGACUAUGUCUGGUAUUGAAAUGGUGUAUAUCUUAAUAAGUUAUAUACUGUGAGAUUGUAUUAACAAUGUAAACUAAAAUUGAUAAAUUUUAGAGAACCUUAAAGUUGUACAUGGCUAGAAUGGCCUCAGUUCAAAAUUGCAUAUCACAUAUUUGCAGAAAAGUAACUAAGUAUGGUAGGCAGACAAAAGAGUAGACAAGGAUAUAAUAAUGAGUGUAUCAGUUGUACACUGUGUUCGAUUAAUAACUAAAACAUGCUAUAAUAAAUUAAAAAUUGCUGCCUAGCGCUUUCGGCCGUAGGCCUUCAUCAGGGCUUAAGACAUUGUUAAAGCAACAACACUAUUCGAAAAAAUGGUACACAACAUAUUGCCUACGUUUCUUAAGUACGCAUUUAAGGAUAUAAUAGCCCUUAAGGCCCUCAUCAUAAAAAGUAUUCUACUUAGCCUGCCUGAUAGGUGGUUAUUAUUAUCAUCUCUCUUGUCCAACACACGAUCAGAAGCGGAAUACCUAAUAACAUUACUAAUAUCAUCUGCAAAAAGGAUAUGUUCUAAAUGUUGAACAUUAGAAUGAUCAUUAAUGUAUAUGAGGAAUAGCAGGGGGCCAAGGAUAGGACCCAGUGGCACACCACGAUUCAUGCUCCUCUCAGUUGACACACUGUUCAUAAAAUCCAUAUAUUGACAAUGACCAUGAAGGUAUGACUCAAUUAGUGUCACACUAUUAACUGAAUCACUAAUGAUUCCUCAGGAUACCUAGAGAUAAUUGCGGACCAAUACGAAAUCGGCAUUAAUUGGAACUAACUUUCGUAGAAAAUUAGUUAAUUGCAUGAUACCUCCAUAUAAUCUAGGACCAGUGAAGUCUUUCAUGCUUAUGGGAAACAUCUUCAGAUGCCCUUUUGAAUGUGUAUAUAUAUAAUAUAUAGCUAGUAUAUAUGGAGCUUGAAUAUUGAACAUAUCAUUUGAGUACAACUGAUCAGUUGGAAACAGCCCUGACUUUCUUAGAAUUACUUUAGCAAUAUAAUUUUAAGUGAUCAUCAAAGGUUAAUUGUGUAUAUUGCAUCCCAUAGGUCAAUAUAUUUUAUAUUUUCAUAUUUUAUUCAUGUAGUAAAUAAAACUUAUGAAUGAGGAAUCUCAUUUUUUUUGUAGAUAUACGGCAUGUUGUUCCCAUUUAAGAUAAGCAUCUAUCAAUUAUCAUAAUACUUAAGUAGUUUGUACAGGGUCUUUCCCAAUAUAUUGAUUCCCCCUCUACAGGGUUUAGGUGAAAAGUUUUAAAAAAAAUAUACAAAACUUCUGGGGUUUGACUUUAAAUGUUUGAAUCCGAUGUCAACAUUUUUUUUUCUUUUAGAAAUGUCAAGAUUUUGACACAUGGUCAGUAUUUUCUUAUGGAACACCCUCUAUAUGACUUCAUAGUUAAAAAGAAAGGAAUUUUAUGAUUUCAAAUAUAUAUGGUUUAACUACUUUUAAUUAAACCGUUUUGGAAAUAUCGGGCUCCAAACUUUAAUAAAAUUAAAUAUUGACGAUCUUGGUAGACGGUUCAUUGUUAUUGUUUGACAUUUAUUAGGAAACAAAUAAUUCUAUUAUAAAUUAUAUUAACUAAACUCAUAGACAAUUUAUAAUUCAUAUGAUUGAAAAAAUUCAACAAGAUUAUAUAACCUGUAUUAAUAAUUAUUAAUAACAGGGUACAUAUAACACAGGUCUACAAAAUAUAACUUUAUGAGAGAUGUUUUUAAUUUGAUAAGUGAUUUUAUAUAAAUUUGAUACGCUGAUUUCAAUUUUGACAUCCGUUUUUAUGCAUCACAUAAGAUGUGUAAAAAUAAAUCAAAAUAAAUAAUAUGAGCCAUACGCCUACAAAACGACGUUUUGUAGAAUUUCUAGUGUGAAUUUUAUGCGGAUUAUCACGUUGUAGCAUCCAGCAGUAGUCUGCUAUCAUCGAUACACUCCAUUUUUUGUGGUCAACUAAGGUAUUGUACUUUAUAUUUUUGCUUCCCGGCGUAAGGUUUUCUCUUGUAGGCCACUCCUUUUGACUCCAGUGUUCCGUCCUCGGUUGUCCCAUUCACAAAUAAAGCACGGAUAUUUAGUAUAUCCUGACUGCUUCCCAAGAAGCAUACAGAGGACUUUCAAGUCAAAGUUCAAAUCAAGAAGUUUCAAAUUUUCAUAAUUUUCCUUCAGGUGAAGAUAAUGAGCAACAGGAACAAAGGCUAGCAUAUUACCAUUGUGUAACAAAACACCUUUUAGACUUCUUUUACUGUAGUCAAUAAAAAGUCGCCAUUCUUCCUUUUCGUAAGAGGUAGCUCCUAGCUUUAUAACUACUCCAAGUAUAUUGUUACAAUAUACUAAGGAUCUUUUUAAACAAUAUAUGGGCUUAGAUAUUUUUCUCGAUUGCUGUAGAAACUGGUUGAUGUUCCUGGAGCCAGCAAAUUCUUGUCACGACGAAGUCUGAAUGCUAGAAGUUCUGAGGCAUCUUUGGGAAUAUUAAGGUCUCUUAUUAAAUCAUUUAAUUUCAUUUGAUUAAAUAGUUCUGACCUUUUUUCGGUUUCAGAAGUGAAGUCGACGUCAGUGGAGCUAACUACAGACUACUCCGAGUCAGAUAACACAUUUUCAAUUUCCUUAGGUGGAACAGGUAUAUCAGGACCAUGAGCAAUAGUCCUAAUAGCGGAAUUUAGAUUGGGGUAUAAAAUGUGCUUUUUAUUCUUGCCAUUAAAAUCUUUUAAAUCGAAGGAACAAAAUUAACAAUCAUGAGCAUGGUUUUUUGGCUCACGCUACACCAUAGGAGACCCGAAACUCGAUGACUUUUUUGUACCCUUUGUCCAAUUCCUUAAAGCUUCUACACAAACCCUACAUACAAUGUGUGGUGCCUAAGAUUUGUCUUGAUCUCCUAGUUUCACGCCAAAAUAGGCAUAAUACAUUACGCACAAAAUGAGGUUAUAUUCUGUCUCUGUGUUUGUAACCACAAAUAUAACAAAAAUAGUCUGCUUUAUUAAUACAGUGUCUCCUUUCCAUAGCUCAAAAAAAAAACACAACGAUUACGGAGCACGGCAAAACACUCACUCGAACUGUUGAUCGAAACAAUGACUAGUUUUUACGGUUUUUGAUAAAUUCAGUUACGGCUGCAAGAGCGGACUCGCGGUUUUACGCCAGUUAACAGAUAUUAGAAUGUAUUUAAAUUAAAUGUCUUUCAAAUAUUGGUUUUUGUCAUAUUUAUGCUAAAAAACUUUUUGCAGAAUUUUAUAUAUACUAUUUUCUUAUUUAAUAAGGAAUUUUAUUAAGAUAUCAGUUUGUCGAAAAUAAGGAUGUCAUAGGACAAAACUAAGGUCAGUUUUGGAUUUAGGAGGGCAAAAUUAGUUAAGAAGAGAUGUUGAUUCAAAAACAUCAAUUUUGCUGUAGACCUGUGAUUUUUAUAGUGUAAAAUCCAUGCUUAAACUUCUUACGAAGGGUCUUGCUAUGUUAUGCUCUUAUAGAUUACUGUAGUAUCAUUUGCAAAAGCAAUGAUGUGACCAUCAAUGUUGAGCUUACCAAUUGAGUAAAUAAAUUAUAAACGAUUUAAAUAAUUCAUUAUCUGUAUCAAAUGGGCCUAUUCGAAAAGAUUUAUGUACUUGAUAAAAUGGCAUUUUUUCGGAUUUUUACUAUUCAUUUUCGAAGUAAUCUGGGAACAACUUUACCGUUACCGUUAAUUUUAAUUAAACAAUAUUUAGUACCACAAGACAAAAUUGAAUUUAAAUAAAAUAUCUUGUAUUGAUCUGUUUUUUUCUAAAAAAUUGUAUAAGUAUAUAUAAUAAUUGUAUAAGCAAAUUUUAUAGAUUUUAGCAAUACUGAGGUAUUAGAACCAGCCCUUUCUGAUCACCAUGUAUUAAUACAAAUGUAAGCAUAAAUGAAGAAGUCAGUACUAAGUAUUUAAAAUCCAAAUUACAGGCUUUACAUUCUGAAGUGGCUGGCCGUGUGUGUUUGUAAAAACCGAAAAAGUUUUUAAUAACCUGACCGGUACAUUGGACGGUACGCUUAACCAAAUAUUUCCAAGUAAAAAAUGAGUUCAAAAAAUUCAAUCAUUAUUAUCAUUUAUUCCAUCAAAUGAUUUCUGGAUACUAUACAAAAUACUGUAGUCUCUUAAAAUAAGUAAUUAGAUAGGCGACAAAACCUAAAUUUAAAUAUAUUGCUGAAUAUGAGAAUAAAGGGAAAGCUACAUGGUCUUUAAUAAAAAAAUCACAAGCACAAAAUCCCAGGAAAAAUAGUUAAUAGGGUGUUCAAAUACGAGAUUUGAUAGUGAAUCUGACUUUCUAGACAUAGUUACGACUUGUAAUAAGUCGAAAUGAAGUAGAGAAUAUACAUUAAACUAAAAAAAUAAGAGAUCUUUUUAAAUAAUAAUAUCUUUUUUGAAAAUCUAAAAGGGCAUUGACAUAAUAAUACCAGGUACAAGAACAACAUUAGAACAGAUAAAGGAAAUUUAACUGUCUGGAAUAAGAACCUUAGGCAGAAAUAUGAUAAAUAGAUAAAGAGGGAUCUGAAACUAUACUUGCAAACAAAGUGUUUCUAUUCUAUCUAACAAUAUAUGACGACGAAUUAAAAUGAAAGUCUCGUUUAAUUAUAGUGAUUUAGUGUAUAUGAUUAUCUCUAUUAGUGUAUGAGGUAUUUUGUGAAUGAAUCUAAUUUUUUGUUUUUUCUUAUUUUUUUAUUGUGAUUCUUUUUAAUGAUAUUUGAUUAUUAAAAUAUAAUAUGAAUAACUUGGCAUAGAUAGUAAAACUAGAAAGCCUCAAUUUUUAACUUUUAUCUUAUAUUCUAUGUUAAUUUUAAACUACUGACAUAAUCCACGCCUUAUAUAGUUUAAAAAAAUGUAUACAUGGUGAUUUUUAUAGAGCUAUCACUUGCUAUUGUAAGCUAUUUUUAUAGAUUUAAUAAAUAAUUUAUCUAUCUCUCAUUAAUAUCAAGAAAAUGGUUUUUGAAAUCUCUCUACUGUAAAUUAGUCUAAAGACUGCCAUUAUUACCCCAUAUUCCACAUACAAUUAGAUCAUUUUGUAUUUGGAAACAGUUUGUUUUCAAAUAUUCGCCUUAAGCUGUUUACACUUUAUUAAUGAACAAAAAAUACUUUUGAAGCCUAAAAGUACAGCAUCAAAACGACCUAGUCAAGGUGACUUUUCACAUUAUUAUUGCUAAAUCAUGGAUAAUGCAGGAAUGCCAAAAAUGCUUUUUUUGUUGGUUUUAUGUGACAUCGAGCAAUAAAACUGCUGGAUACAAUUAUGUUUUUUAAAUGGUCUAUUAAAUAUUUGUUUUUACAUAAAGUUUUAUGGGUGCUAGUCGUGCUGUUUACCUUAAAAAAGGAAUUUUUUAAUUUUGCAAUAAAAAAAUAUUUAUUGGGGUUUUUAAUACCUAACAAGGGCUUCGAAAGUGUUUUUUUCCAAUAGAAUAUUAAAACACCCCUUUAAAAUGUUUUUUAAUUCUGGGUCCUACUCUUUGCAGCUUUGGGCCAAUAAAAGGACCUUGAAGCUGAUUCCAGGAUCUUCUGAAGAUAAUUAUUUAUGUUAUUUCCAAGAGAGAUAUCCCCUCUGUCUGUUGCAGCAAAGCAGGUGACUUAGUUAGUAAUUUUUAAUAAUAAUAAUUGUAAUUAUUAUAUUAAUUAUUUACUUUUAAUUGUGUAAUGUAAUGUUAAUUUUUAAAAGAAAUAGAUUUUUUCAGUGGG